CUCUUUCUUCAUCCGUAACUUUUUCUCCAUUGAUUUUCUGUCUCAAUUCAAAUCAGAAUCAAAGAAAAAAUGUUGGCUGUGUUCGAGAAGACCGUAGCGAACAGCCCCGAUGCACUGCAGAGUCCUCACUCCGAUUCGCCUUCGUACGCCUUGAAAGAAGGAUAUCUGGCGAGUCAAUUCGUUUCCAAAAACUCAAACUCCGUCACGCUUAACCUCGGAUCGUCGGGAGUGCUCGCUUACUCUCUCGAUAACACCGAUCCUCUUGUUCACAGAUUGUUUGCGGUUGUGGAUGACAUCUUCUGCAUCUUCCGAGGACACAUUGAGAACCUCCCGUUUCUGAGGCAGCAGUAUGGGCUGAGCAAAGUCACAAACGAGGCCAUCAUGGUCAUUGAGGCUUACAGGACUCUACGUGACCGUGGCCCUUACCCCGUCGACAAAGUUGUCAGAGAUUUCCAUGGCAACUUUGCCUUCAUCCUCUUUGAUGGCACCAACAAGACUGUCUUUGCUGCUGCUGAUGCUGAUGGUACUGUGCCCUUCUUCUGGGGAACUGAUGCUGAAGGUCACCUUGUUCUCUCUGAUGACACAGCCAUUGUGAAGAAAGGUUGCUCCAAAUCUUACAGUCCUUUCCCUAAAGGUUGCUUCUUUACAUCAUCGGGAGGAUUGAGGAGCUUCGAGCACCCGAAGAACCAGCUGAAGCCAGUGCCGAGGGUGGAUAGCUCAGGGGAGGUGUGUGGUGCCACCUUUCAGGUUGAUUCUGAGGUUAAGAGAGAGGGUACCGGGAUGCCUAGAGUCGAGAGCUCCCAAAACUGGGCCGGUCAUAUCUAAACCGGAAAUGUUUACCGAAAUUACAUGCCCGAGCAGAGACGAGACUUUUGUUUCGGUUAAAAUAUCUCUGAGAAUUUCCUAAUUACUUUACCAAUGUUGUUUCUCUGUUUGCGUUUCUCGGAUUCAAAUAAAAAAUAAGAUUUUUUUCAUCAUUUGUUUUA